AUGCGUCAACAGUUUUAUCUCUGGAAAUGGUUAGCAUCAGGGAUCAUCCUUGGCUCUCUCUUUGUGAUCUGUGUGGGCCAGUAUGAUGACGACUGGCAAUAUGAGGAUUGCAAACUAGCCAGGGGAGGACCACCAGCUACCAUCGUUGCUAUUGAUGAAGAGAGUAGGAAUGGUACAAUUGUGGUGGACAAUAUGCUGAUCAAAGGAACUGCUGGAGGACCAGACCCUACCAUUGAGCUCUCUUUGAAGGACAAUGUGGAUUACUGGGUCUUGUUGGAUCCUGUGAAGCAAAUGCUUUUCCUGAACAGCACAGGCAGAGUCCUGGAUCGAGAUCCACCAAUGAACAUACACUCCAUUGUGGUCCAAGUCCAGUGCAUCAACAAAAAGGUUGGCACUGUUAUCUACCAUGAAGUACGAAUUGUGGUGAGAGACAGAAAUGACAACUCACCCACAUUCAAACAUGAAAGCUAUUAUGCCACAGUAAAUGAGCUCACUCCAGUUGGCACCACAAUAUUCACAGGAUUUUCAGGGGACAAUGGAGCUACUGAUAUAGAUGAUGGCCCAAAUGGACAGAUAGAAUAUGUUAUCCAGUAUAACCCAGAAGAUCCGACUUCCAAUGACACCUUUGAAAUUCCUCUCAUGUUGUCUGGAAACAUAGUUUUAAGGAAAAGACUCAAUUAUGAAGAUAAGACUCGAUACUAUGUCAUCAUCCAAGCCAAUGACCGUGCACAAAAUCUGAAUGAACGGAGAACGACCACCACCACUCUCACAGUGGAUGUCCUAGAUGGAGACGACUUGGGUCCAAUGUUUCUUCCUUGCGUCCUUGUGCCAAACACUCGGGAUUGCCGCCCUGUCACCUACCAAGCUGUCAUACCUGAAUUGAGAACUCCGGAAGAACUGAACCCCAUUAUUGUCACCCCACCAAUCCAAGCCACCGAUCAGGACCGGAAUAUUCAACCACCAUCAGACAGACCAGGCAUCCUCUACUCCAUCCUAGUUGGCACUCCUGAGGAUUUCCCACGAUUUUUCCACAUGCACCCCAGGACUGCAGAACUCAAUCUCUUGGAGCCCAUAAACAGAGAUUUCCAUCAGAAAUUUGAUUUGGUUAUUAAGGCUGAACAGGACAAUGGGCACCCUCUCCCUGCCUUCGCUAGUCUACACAUUGAGAUACUGGAUGAAAACAACCAGAGCCCGUACUUCACCAUGCCCAGUUAUCAGGGUUAUAUCCUAGAAUCUGCUCCCGUGGGAGCAACCAUUUGUGAUAGUCUAAAUUUAACCACUCCCCUAAGAAUUGUAGCUCUGGAUAAAGACAUAGAAGACACAAAAGACCCAGAGCUUCACCUUUUCCUGAAUGAUUACACGUCAGUGUUCACCGUCACGCAGACGGGCAUUACCCGCUUCCUCACCCUGCUUCAACCAGUGGACAGAGAAGAACAACAGACUUACACCUUUUCGAUAACAGCAUUUGAUGGUGUACAAGAAAGUAAGCCAGUUGUGGUCAAUAUUCGAGUGAUGGAUGCAAAUGAUAACACACCAACCUUCCCUGAGAUAUCUUAUAAUGUCUACGUAUACACAGACAUGAGCCCUGGGGAUAGUGUCAUCCAGCUCACUGCAGUCGACGCAGAUGAAGGGUCAAAUGGAGAGAUCACGUAUGAAAUCCUGGCUGGGGCUAAGGGAGACUUCAUCAUCAAUAAAACAACAGGGCUUAUCAGCAUCGCUCCUGGGGUGGAAUUGAUAGUCGGGAGUACUUACGCGCUGACGGUCCAAGCAGCGGAUAAUGCUCCUCCUGCAGAGAGAAGGCACUCCAUCUGCACAGUGUACAUUGAAGUACUUCCUCCAAAUAAUCAAAGUCCUCCCCGCUUCCCACAGCUGAUGUACAGCCUUGAAGUUAGUGAAGCCAUGAGGAUUGGUGCUGUUUUGUUAAAUCUACAGGCAACUGAUCGGGAGGGAGACCCAAUAACCUAUGCCAUUGAAAAUGGAGACCCCCAGAGAGUUUUUAAUCUUUCAGAAACUACAGGGAUUCUAACCUUAGGGAAAGCCCUGGAUAGAGAAAGCACAGAUCGUUAUAUUCUCAUCGUCACAGCUUCAGAUGGCAGGCCAGAUGGGACCUCCACUGCUACAGUGAAUGUGGUAGUGACAGAUGUCAAUGACAAUGCUCCAGUGUUUGAUCCAUACCUACCUAGGAAUUUAUCUGUGGUGGAGGAGGAAGCCAAUGCCUUUGUGGGUCAAGUAAGGGCAACUGACCCUGAUGCUGGAAUAAAUGGCCAAGUGUACUACAGUUUGGGUAACUUCAAUAAUCUUUUUCGCAUCACAUCCAAUGGCAGCAUCUACACAGCAGUAAAACUUAACCGAGAAGUGAGAGAUUACUAUGAACUUGUUGUUGUAGCCACUGAUGGAGCGGUACAUCCUCGCCACUCAACUCUAACACUGGCGAUCAAGGUUGUGGAUAUUGAUGAUAACAGCCCAGUGUUCACCAACACAACAUAUACUGUUGUUGUUGAAGAGAAUCUGCCAGCUGGAACCAAAUUCCUUCAAAUAGAGGCCAAAGAUGUUGACCUUGGAGCAAAUGUGUCUUAUAGGAUAAGAAGCCCUGAAGUGAAGCAUAUGUUUGCACUGCAUCCAUUUACAGGAGAACUGUCUCUGUUAAGGAGUUUGGAUUAUGAGGCAUUUCCAGACCAGGAAGCAACAAUCACCUUUCUUGUGGAAGCAUUUGAUAUUUAUGGAACAAUGCCACCUGGUAUUGCCACUGUCACAGUGAUUAUAAAGGAUAUGAAUGAUUACCCUCCUGUGUUUAGUAAACGUAUCUACAAGGGCAUGGUGGCUCCAGAUGCAGUCAAGGGUACCCCUAUCACCACAGUCUAUGCUGAAGACGCAGACCCUCCUGGGUUACCUGCAAGUCGUGUAAGGUACAGAGUUGAUGAUGUGCAAUUUCCUUACCCUGCUAGUAUUUUUGAUGUAGAAGAAGAUUCUGGAAGAGUAAUAACUCGAGUCAAUCUUAAUGAAGAACCCACGACUAUUUUUAAGUUGGUGGUUGUUGCUUUUGAUGAUGGUGAGCCAGUAAUGUCAAGCAGUGCCACAGUGAAAAUUCUUGUCUUACACCCCGGAGAAAUCCCACGAUUCACACAAGAGGAAUACAGACCUCCGCCUGUAAGUGAACUUGCAGCCAGAGGAACAAUUGUGGGUGUGAUUUCUGCUGCAGCUAUCAACCAGAGUGUGGUCUACUCCAUUGUUUCUGGGAAUGAAGAAGAUAAAUUCGGAAUUAAUAACAUCACGGGUGUCAUCUAUGUGAAUGCUCCCCUGGAUUAUGAAACACAGACAAGCUAUGUACUUCGUGUUCAAGCUGAUUCCCUGGAAGUGGUCCUUGCCAAUCUCCGAGUUCCUUCAAAGAGCAACACAGCUAAGGUGUACAUUGAGAUUCAGGAUGAAAAUGAUCACCCCCCAGUGUUCCAGAAGAAAUUCUACAUUGGAGGUGUAUCAGAAGAUGCAAGAAUGUUUGCGUCUGUACUCAGAGUGAAGGCUACUGAUGUAGAUACUGGCAAUUAUAGUGCCAUGGCAUACAGACUCAUAAUACCACCUAUUAAAGAGGGGAAAGAAGGAUUUGUGGUGGAAACAUACACCGGGCUUAUCAAAACAGCUAUGCUCUUCCAUAAUAUGAGGAGAUCUUACUUCAAAUUUCAAGUUAUUGCAACAGAUGACUACGGGAAGGGACUGAGUGGAAAAGCAGAUGUGCUUGUUUCUGUGGUCAAUCAGCUGGACAUGCAAGUCAUUGUUUCCAAUGUACCCCCUACAUUAGUGGAAAAAAAGAUAGAAGAUCUUACAGAGAUUCUGGAUCGCUACGUUCAGGAGCAAAUUCCUGGUGCGAAGGUUGUGGUGGAGUCCAUUGGUGCUCGCCGACAUGGAGACGCCUUUUCUCUGGAAGAUUACACCAAAUGUGACUUGACCGUCUAUGCAAUCGACCCCCAAACAAAUAGGGCCAUAGACCGAAAUGAGCUUUUCAAAUUUUUAGAUGGAAAACUACUCGAUAUCAAUAAAGACUUUCAGCCAUAUUAUGGAGAAGGAGGACGCAUUCUGGAGAUCCGGACUCCAGAGGCAGUAACCAGCAUUAAAAAGCGAGGAGAAAGUUUAGGAUACACAGAAGGAGCUUUGCUGGCUCUGGCCUUCAUCAUCAUCCUCUGCUGUAUCCCUGCCAUCUUGGUGGUCUUAGUCAGCUACAGACAGUUUAAAGUACGCCAGGCUGAGUGCACCAAGACAGCACGAAUUCAGUCUGCAAUGCCUGCAGCCAAGCCAGCAGCUCCCACACCUGCGCCUGUGGCCGCGCCCCCGCCCCCACCCCCGCCCCCGGGUGCACAUCUCUAUGAAGAACUGGGAGAUAGUACCAUGCAUAAUCUUUUCCUUCUCUACCAUUUUGAACAAAGCAGGGGAACUAACUCAGUCUCAGAAGACAGGAAAAGUCAGCAAGUUGUGAUGCCAUUUUCUCCCAGCCCCAUUGAGGCACCCAAGCCAACCCCUAUAGAUGGAUCACUGAAGAACAUCCACCUCAAUCCUACGAGAAAACUCACAUUUCUUUCUGAUGAGGAAGACUUAAGUGCCCAUAAUAUACUUUAUAAAGAAAAUAUAGAUCAAAGAUCAACAAAUUCAGACAUUUCACUGAAAACAGGUUUUGAAGACUCAGGUUUACCCAAAACACAACUCAAGAGCCAAUCUCUAAGGGGCUCAAGAGAAAAGAUUCAGAGGAUGUGGAAACAGCCAGUCAGCUUACCUAGGAGACUGAUGUGUAAAGUUCCACACAGAACAGAAACCAUAGACCUAUUGAACUUGCAAAGCACAAGGCAAAAUGCUGAAUACGAAAGCAUUGAGAUGCAUCCAAGGAAGAAAGGUAGCAGCAAUCCACUGUGCACAACAGAAGAUGUAAACUUGACAGAGGAAAACAUAAGGCAGAGAGAAACACUGAGCAUGCAAGGUACACAACAGUUGAAAUGUCUAUCUUCAGACUCCUCCUUUUCCUCUUCUUGGUCUCACUUCUCAUUCUCUACUUUGCCAACUAUUUCAAGAACUGUGGAGCUCAGAUCAGAACCUAGCAUCAUCAGUUCUCCUGCUGACUCUUCCUUGGAACUUUCUCCUGUGAGGACUUGUGCUUCAAAUACUCUGGACGUCAAGAGAGACACACCCACGUGUAUAACAGACGUUGAAAUAAGAAGGAAUUUUUUUGAAAAUCCUUCCUAUGUACCUAACAUCUCUCCUUUAUCUUCUUCCAAUCCUUCUCUGCCUCCUCACACUGACCCUACUCUAGUCCUUAAUCCCCUUUCUCUUUCAUUUUCUCCUUCUAGUCCCUCUACCCUUCCUCCUCCUCUUCCUCCUACACCGCAUCUCUCAUUUUCUGUUCCUACUUCUACUCCCCUAACUACUUCUCCUUUACUUCCUCUACAUUCACUUCCUGUUCUUCCCCCAUCCACUCUCCAUCUUCCUUGUCCACUGCCUUCUUCAGCUACAGGUCUAACUACAGAGAAUAGUUGUAUACCACCUGUUAGACGUACUACCAAUACCACAACUGCCAUAGAAAUUAAACCUUCUACGACAGAACUACCCACCACAAUGUGUAAUGCAGACACUCAAAAACAACACAAAAGCAUCUUCAAACAUAUUAAAAAUUUAGCCGAACUUGAAAAGUCAGUAUCUAAUAUGUGCAGUCAAAUAGAAAAAAACUAUUCACUCACAAAAAUCUCCAAACCUCCGACAGAUUGUCCUUCAGAGAAAGCAAAUAUGGAAACGACAUCUGAACAAAAACAAGAGAAUUUGGGCAGUGUUUUUGAGGGCACUGAAACACAGCAUCACAGUCAGUCUACUGAACUGUAA